AUGGAUAGGAGGAAGAAUACAAGGAAACAACCAAGAUAUAAUGUAUAUAUGGAUAAGAAACAACAACAACAGCAACAACAUGUUGUUGGAAAGUCAUCGAAUGGUACACCAAAAGAGACAUUAUUAGAGAGUUAUGAGAGAAAGAAGCAACAACAGCUAUUACAACAAGAGAUACAAAAGAAACAACAAGAGAAGAUUCAACAGGAUGACAAAGUGAAGAAGAAUCUUUGGAAUCCCAAACCAUUUGGCGAUGUAUCAAAGCCAGCAACAAUAACAACUACAACUACUUCCACUACAGAGGGUGAUAGCAAUGAUAACGAUAACAACGACAAUGACAAUGGCGGCAUGACAGAGGCUCAACAAAAGAUGAACCAGAAACUGAAAGGUAGUAGAUUCAGAUGGCUCAACGAGAUGUUAUAUACCAACGAUAGUGAGAAGGUGUUUACAGAGUUUAAGAAUGAUCCGUCACUGUUUGAACAGUAUCAUGAUGGCUUCAAGACACAAGUUGAACACUGGCCAAUCAAUCCAUUGGACAUCAUUAUUAACGAACUGAGUAAACAACCGGCUGGAAAGAUUAUUGCUGACUUUGGAUGUGGCGAGGCGAGAUUGGCAGAGACUCUAUCAAAGAGGCAUACAGUGCAUUCAUUCGACUUGGUUGCCAAGAAUGAAAGAGUUGUGGCAUGCGACGUUGCCAACGUACCACUGGCAAACAACACCGUGGACAUUGUUGUAUUCUGUCUUUCACUGAUGGGCACCAACUUCUUGGACUUUGUCGUUGAGGCCAAUCGCGUUCUAAAGGUCAAUGGUGUCAUGGUCAUUGCCGAGAUUGAAUCACGUCUUGCCGACAAGAGUGUAUUCAUCAAGGAGAUCAGCAACCUCCAAUUCAAACUACUCAACCAGAAUACCAAGAAUAAGUACUUCUUCUUAUUCAAGUUCCAGAAGCUAAAGUCAGUGGACAAGCGAAUGUACGAGAAGACCAAGUCAACGGACAACACAGACAUCCUCAAGCCA